UGCUUUUGGUUGACGCGAUCGUUAAGUGAGUCAGUUGCAUUUUAAACACCGGUCGGUGUGUACGUAAACGCCGGUUAUAUACGACAACAAAGCGUUUGGUUCAUUCAUAAAUAUUUUGGUAGAAUUGUAUUUGAAUAUGAUGUUUGUGGUGUUCAACAGUGCGUCAUGUGGAUUUUUUAAAAAAAUAAUAAUAAUUUAAGUGUGCAGAAUUUUUUGUUAUUAAAAUUAAAAAUAAAAUUUAAUAAGAAAAAUCAAUUUAAUAAUUAAACAUACCUCAAAGUGUCUAGUGUUUGGAAAAAACUACUGUGUAAAUUACAUACAUACGUGUACAUAUGUGCACAUGUUCUUCUAAGCUUUGUCUAAUUGUUAAUUACUGUUUCUCAUACCGUUAUUUCACAAUUAAACACAAAAUACUUAAAUACUACUUAAACGCUACCAAAGUUUAAUCUGUGUUAACCCCAUUCGACCAACAGCACCUUUCAAUACUCCCAGCAGCGUCCCAGUGCAAGUCAAAGAGCUCAACUAAAAAGCAAAAAGGCAAAAAAUAAAAUAAAAUAAAAUAAAACAAGAGAAAGAGCACAAAAUAAAAAUACCAAUCUCCUUGAAGUGAAAAGUGCAAAAAAUUUAACCUUACCCAUUUAUAGUGUCAGUGUGUGCUACACACAGAAAAGAGAAUAAAAAAGAAAUUUAAAAAAAUAAAAAUAAAGCAAAAAUUUAUUUCCCUGCUUUACUUCUGCUUUUAUCUCUGCCAAUAUUUGCGCUUGUGUUCGUGUAUGUGGCUUGCGUUCCUUUGUCGUCCUAACCAGCGACGGCAGCACGGUCAUUGUCAUCAAAUGCAGCUGCCCGAAUCCCAUGUCAGCUGUUGCUUUGCCAUGGUCAGUCAGAGGUCAACAACUAAAAGUGCUGCUGCUACAGUCGCAGAAAUAGUACAAGCACAAUUUACAACUGGCACGAAUGCGAAUCCAAGCACAAGUCCACCGGAAGCCGUAAAGGGAACGAAACCAAAGAGAGACAGGAAAACAAGAGCAACAACAGCAGCGACAGCAGCGGCAGCGGCCACAAGUUGGCUAUGCAGAGCGCACACGUUGCAAAGGCGAAAUCUUGCAUGAUUCAAACGAUCGUUGGGAAAUACUUGAACAGUAUUAAAAAAUAUAUGCUAAAACUUUUCAAUAAAAGUUCUUGCGAAAAAACUUUUGAAACAUGAUGGAAGUUUUCUCAAAAUAUGGGC